CGCUCCCCGGACCCCGACCCCAGGAUGAAGGACCGGCUGGAGCAGCUCAAGGCCAAGCAGCUGACUCAGGAUGACGACACGGAUGAGGUCGAGAUUGCGAUUGACAACACGGCUUUCAUGGACGAGUUCUUUUCUGAGAUUGAGGAAACGCGGCUCAACAUUGACAAGAUCUCAGAGCACGUGGAGGAGGCGAAGAAACUCUACAGCAUCAUCCUCUCAGCGCCCAUUCCAGAGCCGAAAACCAAGGAUGACCUGGAGCAGCUCACAGCUGAGAUCAAGAAGAGGGCCAACAACGUGCGGAACAAGCUGAAGAGCAUGGAGAAGCAUAUUGAAGAAGAUGAGGUGCGGUCAUCAGCAGACCUCCGGAUACGGAAAUCCCAGCACUCUGUCCUCUCCCGGAAGUUUGUGGAGGUGAUGACGAAAUACAACGAGGCUCAGGUGGACUUCCGAGAACGCAGCAAGGGGAGAAUCCAGCGGCAGCUCGAGAUCACCGGCAAAAAGACGACCGAUGAGGAGCUGGAGGAGAUGCUGGAGAGUGGCAACCCUGCCAUCUUCACUUCCGGGAUCAUCGACUCCCAGAUUUCCAAGCAAGCGCUCAGUGAGAUUGAGGGGCGACACAAGGACAUCGUGCGGCUGGAGAGCAGCAUCAAGGAGCUUCAUGACAUGUUCAUGGACAUCGCCAUGCUGGUGGAGAAUCAGGGUGAGAUGCUAGAUAACAUAGAGCUGAAUGUCAUGCACACAGUGGACCAUGUGGAGAAGGCCCGCGACGAGACUAAAAAGGCUGUGAAAUAUCAGAGCCAGGCCCGCAAGAAAUUGAUAAUUAUCAUUGUGGUAGUGGUUGUGUUGCUGGGCAUUUUAGCAUUGAUAAUUGGACUUGCCGUGGGGCUGAAAUAAAGGCGGCCUCGAGGCUGCUGCACUGA